AUGAUUAGAGAAAGAUAAUUUGAAGUAAUUAAAACAUAAUAAGUAAAUUAACACUUAUUAUGUACUAUUUGUAGAGAAGUAUUUUAUAAUCCAAUAAGGGCAACUUGUGGGUAUCAUUCUUAUAUCAUAAGUAGACAUACUUUUUGCGGAACUUGUUUGGUUCGUUGGAUUCAGAUGAAAAAAAGUUGUCCUCUAUGUCGACAUAGACUAGAACGAAACUAUUAAUUUGAUAAAGACAUUCUAGCAACUAAAAUUGUUGGUGAUAUAGAGGUUAAAUGUUUAAGAUGUUAAUCAUGGGAGGGAACAUUGGCUUAAUUUAAGUAACAUAAAAAAUCAUAAUGUACUUAUAUAUCUACUAACAAUGAAAUACAUCAAGAUGCAAUUUAAAUUGGAGAUGAUGAUGAAGAAUUUACAUUUGCUGGUAUUGUAGAUGAAACAGACCUUUAAAUUCAAUAAUAAAUCAUUGAAAAUAUUGGAUAAUAAAUUUUGGUUUAGAUUGAUUAAUCCUAAAAUUAAGACUAGAAAUAAUAACCUCAAUAAAUCAAAGAUAUAAAUACAAAUCAAUAGGAUCCUCCUUAAGAAACUAAUGCUAAUAAUAAUAAUCUCAAUUCUGAUCACAUCAAAAAUCUUAAUUAAAAUGAAGAAUUAAAUAAUGAGUUACCUCAAUAAAAUAUAGAGAAUCUUGAAACUAAUAAUCUUCCUUUGGAAAACAUUAAAGAAAAUUAGAUAAAUCUUGCAAUCAUUUAGGAUGAUUUAAUUAAUUAACAUAAUACAAUAGAUGAUAAUUAAUAAAGAUAAUAGAAUGAUUAAUAAUAAUAGGAAAUACCUUAGAUUUCAGAUUCUAAUCAAAAUGAAACUGCAGAAAAACAUUAAUAAAUAGAUAAUUAACCAUUAAUAUUAUAAGAUAAUUAGGAUACUAAUAAUAUUUUUUAUUAUAGUACAAAUGUAUAAUAAGAGAAUUAAUAAAAAGUAACAGAUAACAUAAAUAAUUAAAUUACAACAGACAAUAUAAAUAAACAAAUUACCACUGAUAUUAUUAAGGAUGAUUCUAUAAAUUAAAAUAAUCAAUAAAAUAUAUCUAUAGUAGAAUAAUUUAAGACUAAUGAUCCUGAUGUAGAGAUAAUUGAACCUCCUAUUAAAUUUUAAAAUAAUAAAGAUCUAAAGAAUAUGAAAGCUAACAAUAAAUUUAAAAUUAAUAUACUAAGAAAUAAUGUUAAAAUUGCUGAACCUAUGAUGGAAGAAUUACAUGAUAAUUUAUUUUUUGAAUUUGUUAAUCAUAUGAAAUAAGAAAUGGUUAAAAAAUUAAGUGACAUCUAAUACUAUAAUACUUUGAUUCGUUGA